AUGGGUAAUUCACAUUCAUCUAGUAAAUCAUUUCGUAGAAAACUCACAAAGAAAAAAUCUUUACAAAAGUUGAUCAACUCAGAAUCUUUAAAGCAACAGCCAAUAUAUGAUCCAUCUAAAUUUCAUUUACCAAAGAAUGAUAAAGAUAUUGAUAGAAUGCAUGAGCAGCACUUUUUAUUCAAACAUAUUUGGGGAGGCAAUUUUUCGUCACCGAUUGAGCGAACAUUGCAUAAAGGAGCAAUGGUAUUAGAUGUUGGCUGUGGUCCAGGAACUUGGCUUCUGGAAAUGAGUACAACUUAUCCACAAUCACAAUUUUAUGGCAUAGAUAUUGAACAAAUAUUUCCAAAAGAAAUAAAACCAGGAAAUUUAGAAUUCAUUCAAUCUGAUAUUACAAAUGGUAUUAAAUUCGAUAAUGAUCACUUUGACUUUGUAAGAAUGAGUCUUUUGGCUGCAUUUCUUCAAGAAGAUAAAUGGAUUCAUGUGUUAGGAGAAUUAAUACGAGUGUUAAAACCUGGUGGAUAUAUCGAGAUCAUAGAACAUGAAUUACAAUAUAGUAUCGGUUCUUGUUUCUCUAUGCUAAUCACACCUUUGUUAAAUUUCAUAAGAUCGACGGGUGCUAACGUUCAAAUAAUGCAAAAAAUCGAUUCAUUACUUACAACAACAACAACAUCAUCGAAUCAUCAUGUCUCACCAUCUUCUCGAACAGCUUUUUCCACCUCACACCCAACUAAUAUGUUGACUAAUAACUCAUCCCAUCAAGUAAAUCUAAGUCUAAGCAACACGUUAUCAAGGUUAACAAAUACUCAUUCAGAUACACGAACAGUUAUAAUAGGUAGUGUACAUGGUGGUCAAACCGGCAAAGUAUUCGAAGAAAUUUUAACAUCAUAUUUUGAGAAUACGGUUGUUGAACUUCUACCUUGGUACAUGGAAAUUAGUCAAGAAAAAUAUUUAGAAUUAUGGAAAUCAUGUCAAAAGGAAUUUAAGAAUCGUGCGAGCUCUACAAAACUAUUCAAAUUUUGGGGAAUGAAAAUUCCACAAUAA